AUGGAUACUUUAUGGUCAGAUUUUCAUAGGUUUUUGUGGCUUCAGGUGAUAUGGCUGCAACUCGGCGGGAAUAACGACGCGAGCGCCGCGUCAUUUUGGUAAUUUUGUUUCAUACUUCGUUGAACUUUGUAUGUUAUUCCAUUAUGAUUCGUUGAUGGAAUAAAGUUCUUAAUUGUCGGUGUUAUAUAUUGUUUACAUGCAGUAGUGUUUAAUACGUAACUAACAGCGAGAACGUGUUCUGUGAAAAGGUGACGAUCUUUUAGCGGCCUCGUCCGCCAUUAUUGGUGUUUGCACGACGUUCAACAAAGUUUUCUUACGUUUGUAGAGCCAAAACCACACCUAUAACCUGGAGAUUUGUAUCAUACUAUGAUGUGAGUAAUGCACAUUAUUUUUUUUAUUAUUUUGAUCCUAGUCUUUUCAUUUAAUCGUAGUCUUGUUAUUACCGGGUGUUUUCAUGUGAACACAGGGCACGCAGUCGUAAAGAUAGUACGGGUAAAAGCGACUCUGAAGUCACUGAUAAAGAAAAUAAGAGGGAAAGGGGCAGAGAAAGAGAUAAAAAAAAGCGGGCUGCCUCCACAUCCAGCAGUGGAAGUAGAUAGCAGUUCAGGAUCAUCAUCGACAAGUAGUGGAAGUAGUUCCAGAUCAAGUUCUACUUCUAGCACUACUUCCACCAGUUCAGCAAGUUCAUCUGGAAGCUCUAGAGAUAGAGGAAGAAAACGAAGCAGAAGCAAAAGUGUAGAUGCCUCGCGUAGACAUGAUAAUAAAGAAAAGGAAAGAGAAAAAGAAAGAGAAAGAGAAAGAGAUAGAGACAGGGAUAGAGAUAGAGACAGAGAAAAAGAUAAAAAGAAAAGUAGCAAUUCUGUGAUUGAUAAACCGAAACCCAAAGGACGGUCUAGAUCACCUUCACCACGUAGAAAACGCAGAGAAAGAUCACCAAUUCCUAGACCAACAAAAAUACAUAUUGGACAUCUAACCCGUAAUGUUACUAAAGAACACAUUAUGGAAAUUUUUUCUACGUACGGUCAGAUAAAAAUGGUUGAUUUUGCAAUGGACAAACUUCAUCCAAAUCAAGGACGAGGUUUUGCUUAUGUAGAGUUUGAAACAGCAGACGAAGCUGAGAAUGCAAUGAAACAUAUGGAUGGUGGACAAAUAGAUGGUCAGGAAAUUACUGCUGCCCCAGUAUUAUUACCAAAACCACGACCGCUACCAAUGCGAAGAAUGUCACCUUUAAUGGGAAGAAGAGCACCUCCACGAUGGGGUGGUGGUGGUAGAAAUACUCCUCCUCGUUAUCGGAGACGUUCACCACCAAUAAAUCGUCGUAGAAGCCCACGACCACCACGACGUAGACCAAGAACUCGAUCACGAAGUCCCCCAAAUAAUCCACGGCAUCGGCACCGUCGUUACACGAGAUCAAGUUCUAGCAGCUCUCGAUAG